AUGGCCAGCCGAUGGCUCGCCAGUCGCCGUGUAUUGGUCGUGCCGGGUGCGAUGAAAUCGGGAACCUGCUCGUUGCGAGCGCAGCUGCAAUGGAUGGCAAACGGGGACGACCUGUCCCUGCCCUCACAGGAGCUUCAUUUCUUCGAUGAGGACGAGGAAUGGGCCCGCGGUCCUGCAUACUACGCCUCCUGGUUUGAAGACUGCUCGAUGAUCGGAGACGUGACCCCGAGCUAUCUGUACAUCCCUGCAGCCAUCGAGCGCCUUGCAGACCAGCUCCCGCAAGCACAGCUUGUCGUCUUGUUGCGGAACCCCAUCGCUCGCGCAGUGAGCCACCAGAACCAUGACCACGACAAGAACCGCCCAGUCGGCAGCUUGUCGCAGCGCUAUCAAAAGGAGAUGGCAAGCUACGGCUCCCCUCCAAGCCGCUCGGACGCCUUCCGCCGGGGCCUCUAUGCAGAGCAGAUGGAACGGCUCUUGCAUUUUUUCCCUGCAGACCAGGUGCUGGUGAUCAUCGCGGAGCGCUAUCGCAAGCAGCCGGAGAAAGAGCUUCGACGCAUCCGAGCCUUCUUGGGCCUGAAGAGCGUCUGGUUUCCUGCAGAAGCUUUGAUGGAAGAGCAUGUGCGCCCUGAGUACUCGGAGCUGCUGUCUGCCCCGCUGAGGGAGGAGCUGCGCCGCUUCUAUGCUGCCGAUGUCCAACACCUUCGGGGUCUGCUGGGAGAUCCUCUGAAAGACUGGGAUGCAGACUUCGCCACUUUCCGGCCCCCUGUCCUUCUCCGGCCCCGCUACGUUGUGUCCUGGCUGCCGGUUGGUUCUUCAACGUCGGCAGAGUCGGAAGUAUCGCGGGAGCUGGUCGAGCGGCAGCGGAGGCGCUUGGCAAAUCCUUUGCCCUUCGUCCAAGCCACUGACCCGCAGAUCGUGACACCAAACGUGAUCCACUCUUUGGCAGCUGGUACAUCAGGUCCUGUCAUUGCGAGCAUUCCGGAGGGGGCCGUGCAGGACUUCAACAUGAAGAAUCCAGCAUCUGCUGUCUGCCCGAACGAUCUGAUUCUGGCAGUCAAUGCAGUGGAGGGAGAGGUGAAGGCGAUUAUCCAACAGCUCCAGUCUUUGGACAAGACGCCUUUGACUCUGAAGAUUCUGCGGCCGCAGGAGAUGAAAAUCUCCAUGGGCAAGAAGCCCAACGCUUCCCUCGGCCUGCAGAUGAACUUCUCCUCUUUCUCUGCUGGGGCCGUGGUUGACAUGAUCGCCGAAUCAGGAGUGGCAUAUGGCUGGAACGAAUCGCAGCCGGAGGAGAAGAGGCUCCGGCGAGGAGACCGCCUGGUGGCCAUUGAUGGGCAAUACCUCAAAGGCGAGGAGAUGAUCGAAGCCCUCAAGCAGAAGAAGGGACAGGACUUCGGGCUCCCGGGUUCAAGCUGCUCGGGCGGGGCUUGGGGCGCCAUGGCGCACAAGUCCAACCCCUACAAGAAGGCGCGCUCGAAGUUCCGCUGGAAGUGGAAGAAGAAGCGCACGCGCCGCUUGCAGAAGAAGCGCCGAAAGAUGCGCUGGGCCACCUUGACGUGCAUCAAUUCCCGACGUUUUCCCCUUCUAAACUCUUUGUCCAGUCGCAAGCCCAUGUCUGCCACUGCAGACGCGGGGGAGCAGGCGUCCACUCGGCGAAGGGACAUGACCUCCGAGCCCCGGCGCCUGCCAUGCCCGGAGCGCAUCAUCGACAUGGUCGGCUUCGCCUUCGGUUGCGGAACACUGGGUGGCUUCGGCAUGACCUUCACACGCAGCCUCAGAGAUCAUCCCAAGGGCCACCGCUUCUCCGGCGCCUUGGCGGCCGCCCAGGCCAGGGCGCCCCAACUGGGCAGCACCUUUGCGUUGUGGUCAGGCCUCUUUCACGCUUUCGAGUGCGCGGUCUCGCAGCGGCAUCCGGAUCCACAAGGAGCUCGAUCCUCGCUGGAUGCGGCUUUCUGCGGCUUCUUGACGGCGGGGGUGCUGUCCAUCCGCCAGGGUCCGCGGGUGGCCUCCAUGAACGCAGCGGUUGGCGCUUUCUGCGUGGCCCUCGUUGAUGUGGUGUCAGGGACUGCGCGCCUUUGA